AUGUUGUUUGCAAGCCCAGAUGAAUCCGUGCUACUUAUCGACAUACCUCGCUCCAUCGAAGAGGCCCAAGUACCACCAGGACACACCGUUGAACGCCGGAUAUUCUCGUCCAGCCCGGUCAAAACACCAUGGGAGAUGCCAGAGCCAAAGAAAGGCCGGCAACAGCAAACACCAACGUUGCCUGCUGCUGCAAUUGCCGAGCUGAUGACUCUGGAGACUGUCAAGGCUGCACUUGAGACGGUCAAAUCCAAUCACAGCGGGCCAUGGUGUCUGCCACGGAUCAUGAGGCCAGCACUGGAUACGGAUGCAGAUGUGCAACAGCCACGCAAGAGGAAGCAAACACCCGCAGAUACCGAGAACACAAACUCAACUGCACCACCAUUCCUCCCACCCAACUCGCACUACCUUCUGGGAACCAUAGAAUGUCAAGGGGACACAUUCCUGAAGACCGCUCCCAAAUUCGACUUGAUGAUCCUCGAUCCGCCGUGGCCCAGCCGGUCGGUUCGAAGGAAACAGGAGGGCUACGCAACCGUGUACGGCAUGGAUGAAGCCAAAGACCUCCUGUGCCAGAUUCCCGUCGCGUCACACCUCACGCCAGACGGUCUCGUGGCCGUCUGGGUCACUAACAAAGCUGCAGUUACAGACUUGGUCACAGCACCAGGUGGCAUAUUCACCCAGUGGGGCCUCGAGCCUAUCGGAGAGUACAUCUGGCUCAAGAUCACCAGCUCUGGGGAUCCCGUCAUCGACGUAGAGUCGCAGUGGAGAAAGCCAUGGGAGCGGCUGCUGAUCGCAAGAAGGACAGGAAGUCCAGUGAAGCUGCCGGUGACUCCCAAGGUGAUGCUAGCUGUUCCUGAUGUCCACUCCAGAAAGCCCAACCUGGGGUCCUUGUUCACGGACGUCCUGCCCGAGAACUACCAGGGCCUCGAGGUCUUCGCGAGGAAUCUCACUGCCGGCUGGUGGAGCUGGGGCAAUGAGGCUUUGUACUUUCAGCAGAGACAUCACUGGGUAGAUGUAGAUGAAGACAAUACAGAGCAAGGGUGA